AUGGACGCCACAGAAUCAUUAUCAUGCCCGUUCUGUCAUUUCACUGACACUGAUGCGUACUUUUUGACACAACACGUAGAAUUAUGUCACCCCGAAAACGGCACAUCUCCAUUUCUGGAGACAGAAGAAGAAUCAGAUAUUGAAAAUGCCAGAAAGCCCGGUUGGUGGCAUGGUGAUACGCGACUUUACACAGAUGAAGAUGCAGAGACAGACAUCAUCAAAUAUAUUGAUUGUCCCACUGGAUGCGGGGAGGCUGUGACUGAGGCUCAACUAACGAGUCAUUUGGAUUUACAUCUUGCGGAGGGACUGGCGCUAGAAGAGCUCAAGGGAAUCGAUGCGAAGGAAUCAGACAUGGAAGUACCUGGAAAUAUCGAUCCUGAGGAUUUUGAAGAUGAGGAGCUGUCGCCCAAACUGAGCAAGGCACUGGGGAAAUAUGAUGGGAAACGGCACCGCGAUGCGCCAGUCUACUCAAAAACCCCAAAGCAGAAAAAGAGAACGAAAAAUCCGGGCCAGCUCGGGACUACCGAGCUAGGGCCAUACGCUCGAGAGGCCAAGAUGCCUUCAUGGUUGCGCAAAAUGCUUGAAGAAGGCCCAGCUAUUACCCGUGAGAAUAGGAUCCUGCCGGAUGGUUCAUUACGCAAGGUUGAGAUCGUCUCAAAUGAAACAUGCGGCCUUAUCCAGGUUAUUGCUCGGCUUUGUCAACAAGAUUAUUCGGUAGAGCAAGCAUACCUCUGCAGCCCUAAUGUUAGGCAUAUAUUUAAAAUGCGCAAGGAGGGCGGAUUUUGUGGAUAUCGUAACAUCCAAAUGCUUAUCUCCUAUAUCCAGGACAGCCGUGCCGUGGGCUAUAAACAUUUCCCUAGCCGAACCCCAUCGAUAUUAAAGUUACAGGGCAUGAUUGAGCAGGCCUGGGAUAAUGGGUUCAACAGCCAUGCUAGGGUAGAGACUGGAGGAAUAAAGGGGACACGCAAGUAUAUAGGGACCCCUGAGGCUGCAGCAUUGUUCCAAAAUUUGGAGAUACCGUGUCGCCCUAAAGUCUGCACCGAGACUACGGAAGAUAAAGCUUUUGAAUCGCUUUACUUAACAGUGGCAGAGUAUUUCCUCAACCAUAAAGCUCCAGUUACUGAGAAGAAGGUCGUUCAAACGGACCUCCCUCCGAUAUAUCUACAGCAUGCCGGGCACUCGAUGACUAUUGUCGGAUUCGAAAUUCGAGAUAAUGGCAGCGUUAAUCUCCUCGUUUUCGACCCAAUGUUCAAGACAUCAGCUGCAAUUUCGCGGCUCAUAGGGACACAGUGUACUACUGCGAAGCCUGAGACGUACCUAAAGGCGUUCCGAAGAUGUAAUAGAUAUCUACGGCAGUUUGACACAUUCGAGCUGCUGAUGUAUGUUUUAUGA